AUGGCCAAGAAGCCGAAACAUCUUGCUCAGAUUCAGGCUCUUGCUGCUAUCGGUCAAUCGAGACUGAUGUCGAUAUGGGACUCACUGUUCGCACACAUGAAUCAGCCUGUUGCUCAGAUAUUACUCACAAGAAAUGAUAUUGCCGACAGAGUGCAAUAUCUGAAUGCUCAGAAUACACUGGCAGAAACGCUCUCGUUUGGUGUGAUACCCAUUGUCAACGAGAACGACACCCUCGCCGUCUCAGAAAUCAAGUUCGGAGACAACGACACACUUUCAGCCAUCACCUCCGCAAUGGUCCACGCCGACUAUCUCUUCCUGAUGACCGACGUCGAAGCACUCUACGAAAGGAACCCACGAAAAUUCCCCGACGCGAAACCGAUCGAGAUAGUCGAGGAUAUCGACACCCUCCAAGCCGAUGUCUCCUCUGCCGGCUCAGCACUAGGCACAGGUGGCAUGGCGACCAAAAUCGUCGCUGCACGCCUCGCCACCGCGGCAGGGACCUCAACCAUCAUCACCAAAUCCUCCAAACCAGGCAACAUCGCCGCCAUCAUCCGCCACCUCCACCCACCUAUAGACCCAGACACAGGCAGUCCACAGCCACCAACACCCGCACCUCUACACACACGCUUCAUCCCCUCGGCCUCACCCAUCCGCAACCGCGCCUUCUGGAUCCUGCACGGCCUGGCGCCGCACGGGACCAUCUACAUCGACCGAGGCGCGUCGAACGCACUGAUCAACAAAGCGGGCCUCCUCCCCGUGGGCAUCGUCAACGUGGAAGGAACAUUCGCCCAGCAGGAAGCGGUGCGGCUGGUGGUUGUUGACAAGCUGCCACUGGGCUCGCUCUCGCCCACGGGCGACUCCAGCUCCACGGCCAUGCAGCUGGUGUCGCGCGGCGAGGAGAUCGGGCGCGCCGUCGUCAAUUACUCGUCGGCCGAGGUCGCGCGCAUCAAAGGCCUGCGCAGCUCCGACAUCAUCGGCGUGCUGGGCUACGCCGACAGUCAAUAUGUCGCGUUCCGGGAGAAUGUUAGCCUCAACAUGCAGGAUAGGGAUAACAAGAGUCGUCCCGAAACCCCGAGUGGGUUUAGGACUCCGACCAAGGAAAGAACCCCUGAUAGUAGUUUCGCGGACUUGAGGAGUGGGCAUUGA